AUGGCCUACCCUCACUCAACUUACACUACCGCGCGCGCACUUACCUACUCUUACAUCCAUAUCCUACCCCAAUUCCCCAACACUCAAUACAUUCUCUUCCUACACGGCUUCCCCUCUACCUCGCACGACUGGCGUCAUCAGAUCUCCUUCUUCGUAGCAAAGGGUUAUGGAAUCCUAGCUCCGGACUUACUUGGGUUCGGGGAGACGUCGAAGCCGAGUGAGUUACAGAUGUAUAAGGGUGAAGGUAUGGCGAGGGACAUUGUUGAGAUCAUGGACUUAGAGGGUGUUAGAGUGGUGGUGGGCGUGGCACAUGAUUGGGGAUCGUUCCUUUUGUCACGUCUAGCGAACUAUCAUCCAGAGCGCUUUUCGGCUUAUGUCUUCAUCGACCACGGAUAUAGUGCCCCUGGCCGUAGCCUCACUACCGCGGUGAUACAACAUAUCAAUAGCUCGGUGCAAGCCAAGCUUGGUUUUUCGAUCUUCGGGUAUUUCCUAUUUUUUAACGAAGAGGAUGCUCCGAAGCUCUUAAAUGAACAUUCCGAAUCCCUGGAAUCGCUUUUCUUCGCCAACGACAGCGAAAUCAACAAGAAAUACAAGGGCACCCCAGGCGGUUUGCGCACUUGGUUAGCCGAGGGCAAGAUUGUUGAUUUGCCGGCCUAUCUGACAUCAGAAGACCAUAAACAUUAUCAACACGCCUUCUCCUUCGAGAAAGGUGGCUAUGGCCCUGCAAUCAACUGGUACAGGGCUAAUCUGCGUAAUAUCAAUGAAGAAGAUGAAAAGAAAAUUCCCACAUCCGCUCACACCUUAACACACCCAACCUUGCUAAUCGCCUCUACCAGUUACAUCAUCACUGUCACGGCCAAUUUUCCGGAGCAGAUGCGGCCACUCGUCCCUGAUCUCAAAGUUGAGAAUGUGAAUGGUGGGCAUUGGCUGCAGUUAGAGAAGGUGGAUGAAGUCAAUAAAAUUCUGGAGGAGUUUAUGGAAGAGAAACAACUAGUCUAA